AUGACCAUCUCGGAGUUGACCGGAGUUGACCGCCCUCUGGGACGAUUGGUUUCUCGGGCUUCAGAUAACAGCCAGAGGUUUCAGGAAACGUGUUUUGCAUUUGCAUUGACGCCACAGCAGGUCCAACAAGUCAGCAGCUCAAUGGACAUAUCGGGGACCAAAUGUGACUUUACAGUGCAAGUACAGUUACGGUUUUGUCUAUCAGAGACAAGCUGCCCUCAGGAGGACCACUUCCCCCCUAAUCUUUGUGUUAAAGUCAAUGGGAAACCGUGUAAUCUCCCAGGAUAUCUGCCUCCUUCCAAAAAUGGCGUGGAACCAAAGAGGCCCAGCAGACCCAUCAACAUUACCUCAUUGAUCAGACUGUCCACAACUGUCCCCAACACCAUCGUAGUGUCCUGGACCUCAGAAAUUGGACGUGAUGGAAAGUUGUUUAUGGAGAUUCUGAACAGCUGUUUAGAUUGUGACGAAAUCCAGUUCAAAGAAGAUGGCAGCUGGGCCCCCAUGAGGUCGAAAAGGGAAGUGCAGGAGGUGUCGGCUUCAUACAAUGGUAUUGAUGGUGUAUGUCGUACAACAGUGUUGGAGCAGAACUCUCAAACAAACGGCAACAGUGGAGGCAACAGCAAAAAAGUGGAGGUGAUUGAUUUGACUCUUGACAGCUCGUCUGAAGAAGAGGAAGAUGAAGAACCUCCUCAGAAGAAAAGCUGCCCCUCGCUAUCUAGCAUCUCUCCUCAGAUGGAUAAUGGGGUACUAAAUCUCCACAGACAAGCAUCUCCUGUGAGUCGAACUCCCAGCAUGCCUCAGGUGGACACCAAUUACAUUCCCCCACCUCCUCCCCUCAUUCAGGACUACCGCCACUACUACUCUACACCCGCUGACCUGUCAGAGCUCAACUUUUUUCCUUUUUUACAAGGAGAGAAUCAUCAGCACUACAACAUGGUGAUGGCAGCAGCCGCAUCAGCCUCUGAAGAUCACGACCACCUCCUGAGUCGUUUUCUCCCAUACGGCUCGUCCCAGCUCUUCCUGGACCCUCCCUCUACCCCCGCAAGCAACAACCUCCCUCCCAUUAACGGGAGUAGCCUGGUGUCCUCCAGCAGCCUGCGGGAAUGCCUCGGAUAUCCACCCGCCCCACGCCCCACCUCCGAAUCGGCCCCCACGUCUGCCAUCUAUGGACCCAUCCCAGAUGUCAUCUCUUUAGACUGACCCAGGACCGAAACUGACUGAAGAGACUUCCAAACAUUGGGAAGAAAACGGGACAUACAGGAUGACUGAAGGGUGUUUUUGUAAACGAUGAUAAUCGUUGCCGUGUACAGAGAACAAAUAUAUUUUUUGUUUUACUUUUGUAUAUACUUAUCUAUCUAGCUAUUUAAUGUAUAUGUAAACUUGAAAGCGUUUUUCUUCCUCUCUGGCUUGCUAAAAUUACUUUGGGUUUUGUCUCCUGGGAAACUGACGCUCUUUUUUCUUCACAGCUUUGUCUCAACCUCUUUAACAUAAUAUGAACACUUUUUAUAUCCUUUACCCAUCAUAUUCUGUAAUCGUCUAUAUUUUGUCUGAUUCCACAGGGCACAAUGGCUGCGAUCGGACCGUCUGCCGGACUCUUGGUUCUUUUCCCAGCAAAACUUGUUGUCUUUGCCAAUCCAUAACAUUUCACCGAAACAUGUAGGAUUAUUUUAUAUAAUGCUUUUAAAGGGAAAGUUCACCCAAAAAUGAACAUUCUGUCAUCGAUUACACACCCUCAUAUUGUAUAUUCUUCUGCGGAACACAAAAGAAGAUAUUUUCAGUGUUUUUUUCCCCCCCAUACAAUGAAA